UUUGAUGGAGUGGCGAGCCACCGAGCAACUUCGCGAUGUGUACCCGUGUUGGAUUUGGUCACCUCUUCUUCUUGUUCCAAUAUGCUUAUAAUAGCAACAUGCUGCACUCACUCACAUGGCAACUCUUCUUCAUCAAAAGUUUUAAUAGUUCCAGAAUUAGAAACCACACCCCCCCCCCCCCCCCCAGAACUGAUCGAAGAUGGAGGAGAAUCAUGGAGAAGAAGAUGUGGAUAUACUGAUUGUGGGUGCUGGAUUAGCAGGUCUUACUACCGCCUUAUCCCUUCACAGGUUGGGUUUGAGGAGCUUGGUAUUGGAGUCUUCAGAGAGUUUGAGAAUUACUGGAUUUGCCCUUACGCUUUGGACCAAUGCUUGGAGGGCGCUUGAUGCUGUAGGAAUUGGGAAUACCCUGAGACAGACAUCCACCCAAAUGAAAGGAUUCAAGAUCGCCUCUCCUGAUACUGGUCUCUUUACUUCUGAGCAAGCACUUGAUAAAGAUGGAAAGUUUGAGGGUUACGAAAGCCGAUGCGUUAGAAGAAAGGAUUUACUAGAGACAAUAGUGAAGGAGCUGCCACCGGGUACCAUUAGGUAUUCUUCAAAGGUUGCAGCCAUCGAUGAACUCGGCCGCUUUAAGUUGGUUCACCUAGCUGAUGGGUCCAUUCUUAAAACCAAGGUGUUGAUAGGGUGUGACGGAGUUAACUCAGUGGUGGCAAAAUGGUUGGGUCUUGAGACACCUGUAAGCGUUGGGAGAUCAGCUAUUCGGGGUUUGGUGGAGUUCCCAGAUGGCUCCAGUUUUGAUCCAAUGUUCCAUGUGAACUUUGGAGGCGGUGUUCGGUUUGGUUUUCUUCCAGUUGACGACAAGACGGUGUACUGGUUUUGCACCUUCACCCCGUCUCAAGUUCCAACUUAUGAAGAAGACUGGCAAGUAAACCCAAUAAAAAUGAAGCAAUUUGUAUUGAGUCGUAUCAACAAGAUGCCUCAAGAAGCACAAGAUGUGGUGGAAAAAACUACACUAAGUAGCAUAUCCUAUGCACAACUAAAGUUUAGAUUGCCAUGGAAUGUCUUACUUGGCAAUAUAGUGAAAGAUAACGUUUGUGUAGCUGGGGACGCGCUUCAUCCCAUGACUCCAGACAUUGGUCAAGGUGGGUGUUCAUCGUUAGAAGACUCAGUGGUGCUUGGUAGGUGCCUCGGGGAAGCAUUAUUGAAGAAACCGAAGGAAGAAGAUGAUGAAUUUGAGAGGAUUAAAAAGGGUUUGGAGAAAUAUGGAAAAGAAAGGAGAUGGAGAAGUUUUAGUCUUAUUAGUGUUGCAUAUUGUGUAGGGUUUAUGCAAGAGAGCAAGGGGAAAUUCAUGAGUUUCUUGAGGAAAGUCUGGUUUUCGAGCUACACUCCUAGGGCUUUCCUUAAGAUGGCUAAUUUUGAUUGUGGUAAUCUCGUUUGUUGAAUCGCAAAGUGCAACAUGUUUUGUUUAUUUUUAUAUGUAUCAAACUGGGCAUCUUCUCUAAGAGGGCGAGGUUUCGAGCCCCGAGAUUAAGAAUGGUGUAUGAUUAUAAAUGUAUUAUGCUGUAUUUAAGAAGAUGAUUGUAAUAUCACCAAGUUUUUGUUUUCGUA